CAGGUUCAUAUACGUAGUACGGUACAUGUUUAUAUGUGUUAUUGUUUGUCCUAUUAAAUGUCCUAUAGCUUUAAUUUUCAUCAUACUUUUCAUUCAUCCCCAUAUUGAUCAUAUACUAACCACCAUUACGGGCCUCUCUAUCUAACUUUCUACUUCAUUGAUUCACUACACUACGCAUGCGCACUAUUUUGUAAGAUUUUGAUGGCGAGAGCCGCGAUUUUCGAAUGCUAAUUAAAAUUAUUUGAAAGCGCAUAAUUUGUGUAUUUACAGGUAAACUGGUAGAUUGUUUUGAUGCUCUGAUUCAUUCUUUCCAUUUUGUCAUUCAUCAUUUUCAUUGAUAUUUUGUAUUUUGCACUAUUUUGUAAGAUUUUGAUGGCGAGAGCCGCGAUUUUCGAAUGCUAAUAAAAUUAUUUGAAAGCGCAUAAUUUGUGUAUUUACAGACCCUCUGUCCAGGUCCCAAGUACUUUAACCCACAGCGUCCAUCAGAAACCCCUUAUCUUUUGGACUGCGACAAUUGGCGCCCAACGGGGGACUUGGGCUGCCACAACGCUGGAGUAACUUUUGGGUCGAUAGUUCCGGGGACGAACGUUGAGCGAUGAUCAGUCAGCCAUAUUUGUUUGUACAUGUAUACGCAUAUUGGAAUGCAGGAUGUAAACAAUGGUGGAAUGUAUAAGUUUUAUCUUAUUUCAACGUCAGUUAACCAUCGGCAGUGAUUUAUUGUGAUAUUCUGAAAUGAAUUAGACCAGAUAUUUGUGUGCACAAUUGUUUUCUUAUUUGUCAUUGAACUGUUGUGAAAUUGUGUCAGUGGUCACCUUGCAGAAUCACAGUUGAAGGGUUGUUCAUCUUGGCAGAAGGAUCUUAGCAUGUUUUCUGUAACAGUACUUUUCUGGUGAUUGGUGAGAAUCUUACUAACAUUUCCCAUCAUAAGCCCUUAAUAUUAUAGCUUUUCCUUACAUAAAGACCUCUCCCAUUUCCAAUAUGCAUAUAUUUGCCCUUCCUUGAUGUACCUGUCUCUAUUUGGAUAAUAUAGCAUAUAUAUUUAUGUUAUAUUAUGGUGAUGUGUUUGGAAGCCAGCUUGGAACAGAUAUUUAUCAGAAACCUUGAACAUGUAUAGUUUGUCAGUGGUACUGGUAAGUUAAGGUAGUUUAUAGUGUAGUCUUCAACUGAUCAUGUUGUGAGUACAUUUAGUAAGAGUGCCUUUGAUGGUAAAGGAACUAUAUUGCUUCUCUUGACAUCAAGACAGAUUGUUGAUAUUUCUCUUUUGUUACAUUGAAUGUGACUCAAGUGAAAUUUUAUGCCUUGAAGAAUGUGACUUCUAUAUAUUUGUUUACAGGUCAAUAGAUGUAUACACUUUUGAUAUAUGCACUGCUGUAACUGUAUGCUGUUAGUGUAUAUUGGAGAAAAGUAAACUUAACUUAGCACAUUCAGAUUUAUAAAAAAAUUGUCUGUUGCUGUAUAUUUUAGAGAAAUACAAUUUUGUUGUUUGUUUUAUUCAAAAUCUGACAUCACGUUCAGAUAUUAGUAUCUAAAGUAACAUCCCUGUGGUGAAUUACUUUAGUAACUAUAUAUACAAACAAUUUAUUCCAACUGUGCUGACUGGCAAUUGAUGAAAGAUAGUGUACAGUGUACUUCACUAGAUAAGAGAGUGUAAGGUGUUUUUGAAUGAAUUGCAACAUGUACAUUUACCAUUGAUCUUUUAAAUAAAAGUAUGGUGUCCAAUUGGUGACAUAUUUCAUAAAUUUGGAAUUAUUUCGCAGAAUAGAAUUAAUUCAGAGUUUGCCAUAUUGAAGUACAUUUAAGCUUACUAAAGUUGAGUGUAUUUUGAUAAGUGCAUAUAUUUACAUUUUAUAUGGUGCAGUGAAAGGAACAUAAUUGUAAUAUUUUAUUUUGAGUGUAGAAAUUACAUAAAUAUAGACAUGCUAUGACUAUGUGAUCAAUAAAAGAGUACUUAUAGUACAUACCAUAUUUGAUCUACUUGAUUUUACUUUUUUGAAGUGAUUUGUUUGGUGUUUAAUUUGUGUAUGCAGAGAUGGAUUCUACUCGUACUCUUACACACAUUAGGGAAGAGGAGUUAGAGUAUUAUAUUGAACAGAUUGAGCGUUCUGGUAGAUAUGCUGUAAAUCCUAUUACUUCUUGUACUGUUAAUCCUGUCUCUACUAGCACUCCUGUUCCCCCUCCAUUAGAUUUUACAAGGGAUGCUACUCAUACACCAAUUAGAGAGUACAACAACAGACAUUCAGGAGCAGGCAUACAUCCUCAAAUGGAUAAUAUUUGUCCACCUGCACGCCCUCCCCCACCUAAUCCUUAUACUUUGUAUCCACCUUCUUACUUGGAUACUUCUUUGUCUGUAAGUCAUUCUCGUAUUCCUAAACUACCUCAGUUUUCAGGUGAGAGUAGGCCUGGUGAUUGUGAGUUCGAGGUCUGGAAAUAUGACUUGCAUUGUUUGUUAAGAGGUAGAUUGUAUCCAGACCAUAUUCUUCAUGAAGCUAUUCGUACUAGUUUGAAAGGGAAAGCACGAACUGUUCUCUUGCAUUUGGGCGAAUGGGCUACUAUUUCAGAUGUUAUAGCUGAAUUGGAAGCUAUUUAUGGUAAUGUGUCCACUUCUGAACACCUGAAAGAACAAUUUUAUUGUGCCAGACAGGAACCUAACGAGUCCGUUGCUGAAUAUAGUCUUCGGUUAGAGCAGAUUCUUACCAAUGCCAAUUUACAUUUAGAUAGAUAUGCCAAGAAUGACAUGCUUCGCAAUCGUCUUUGGUCAGGGCUUCGGAAUGAUGAACUUCGUAAUGUUUCACGUUACAAGUUUGAGUCCAUCCAAGAUUUUAAUGUUCUUCGUAGAGAACUUAGGCAGAUUGAACAGGAUAUUACAGCCCGUAAAUCUGUUCACUUUUCUUCACCAGCUGCCACUAGUGCACCUAAGCCAUCAUCUUCUUCACGUAAUUCUUCAUCUGGUAUAUCUUGUUCUGUAAAGAUGUCCGUGGUUGAAAGUAAGAUCCUUCAGCAGUUAGAAGAAAUAUCCACACAGAUGAAGAAACUCAAUACCAGAGUUGAAACUGUUGAGAAAGAGUUUGCCAGUUUUAAGAGGAAGGCUGAGCCAACAGCUAAAGCUACCACUGGAGCACAAUCUCGCUGGUCUGAUAGAGGUCGAUAUAGUAGAUCAACCUAUACUACCCCUUCAGUCGACGAUAAAGCCAAGGAGCCCGACACCAAGUCUUUAAACGAGCAGAGACCUUCACAGAAGGGCCAGUAG